AUGAAAAUACUGCCCCAUGACGACCUCUUCUCCGUAGUUACCUUGUACCGCGAUGAAGUGUGUGCUGUAACAGGCAGCGCCGUCAUUUAUCUUCUGCGCGGAAAAGCACUCAUUAACGGUGCCCCAAUAAUAGCUCCAAGAACUUUGCUCUGUUCGCAGAUAUAUGGCCAUGUGACUAUAGUUUCUUCUCUACCUGCAGCAUACUAUGGGCAUGUGCGUGAAGCUGAGAAGGAGUUGAACAAGUUGCAUAGGCUCCUAGGAGAACACCCCGCUCUGCUUAUCGAACGCUUCGCUGAAAGGUGUAUUGGUCUCACCGAAGACUCUCCCGUAGCUGCAAUUUUUGUCUGUGUACCUCUCCAAGCUGAACUCUCAAUCGUCUAUCGGACAGCAGCGAAACUGGACGGCUUUAAUCUGUACGGAGUUUCUCUAGAUGAAAUCUCUCAUAGUAAGAAGGCAUUUGGCACUCUUUCGUCUUCGGUCAAGGUUGCGUUGGAGUGGCACGUUGCAUGUAAGUCGAUAUCUGCGCCUAAAAGUAUACUAGUUGUUGGGCCCCAAGGAGUAGGAAAGUCUGUCUUUUCACGGCUGCUUGCAAACUUUAAAACGGGGUACCAUCGGUAUGUUGUAUUUGUUGACGCUGACUGCCGUAAUGGGGAGUCUAUCUGUCCGUCUGUGCUUCGUGCAUCUGUUUUGCAGAGUGGGCAAAGAAGCGGUAGCGAUUUCCCACUUAUGGGGUCUGUGUUUACCUACUGUGCCCCUUAUGGUUAUACGAGCGUGUCGUCGGAUCCCGAUAGCUUUGUAGAGUUGGUGCAGGCUCUUCUUCGCAUAUGUACCGCACAUCUAUAUACAUUGGAGGCCUCCAACGAGGACGUGCCCACCAUCAUCUGCAUGCCUGUCUGGUUCCAAGGAACCAUGGAUACCAUUAUUGAGCGCUGUGUCAUGCAGCUAGGCUGCGAUGGCAUUGUUGAAAUGUGCACAGAUACCUCCAUCCAAAUCCUUGCCCCCACAGACUGCACGUUAUUCUUGACAUCCUGGGAAGACACCAAAAGAAGGUCACGGGAGAAUGCCCUCACCUUUCCAGGACUUUACCAUUACGUUGUCCAGGGUCUCCAGGGCUUGCCGGGCAUGGAUCACUUCCGUACUUUGCGCUUUCUGCAGUCAAUCAUAGACUUUAAGAAGAUUGGUAUUACUCCCUCUGGAUCCGGAGCCCUCUGCUGCAGGAUGACCGGCCGUGAUCUACUAUGUUCCGCGCCCUUUGUUGAACUUGUUUCCCAGGCACGUCCCUUGCAAUAUCUGCGAAUCGUAGACCUUGCAACAUUAAGAGCUAACGAACCACACUAUUCAACAAGCGAACUUUUAUACAAGACAACCUAUCCAGUGAUGGAGCUCUCUGUACAUUUGUCGGAUGAUGGUGUGCCAGGCACUAUAUUUCUAUCUCAGUCACUGCACAACAUAGUGAACAAGUUGCCAGAAUCCCGAGUUAGUUGGGCGCUGCGGACUAUUUUUUCUGCUAUGCCCGUUUAUUUGUAUUCUACUAAGGUUCCAGUCACAAGCGUUGGUAGUGUUAACAUUUUAAGGUUUGUCGGGAUUGGAUUAUUAAGAAACUUCAACGGACUGAAUCCGUGCAUAGUGUCCACCCUCUCUUCUGCAGACAUGGGUGCGGUUUCUGCCAUGUGUCUACCAUAUGGCAGCUCCUUCAUCUUCAGUCCAAAGCUUUUGAGGGGUAAUCUGGAAGGGUUCACUACAAAUCAAUCCAUGUCUAAGGUAGUAGGACAUGAAACUUAUGGGGGAAAGGGCCCCAACUUGCUGGCAACAGAGCGGUGCUGA